AUGGAGGAGUUCCUCCAGCGCGCCUGGGCCAAGCUGAACAGGAGCAAACACCUGGAGAAAGUCCAUGUCGUUCUUGGGAAUAAAUCCUGUGAUUUGGAUUCUCUCAUUUCUGCUCUGGCCUAUGCCUACUUUCUAGACAAGGUCAGUCCUCCUGAUGUUCUUUGCUUACCAGUGUUGAACAUGCCAAGAAGAGACUUCAGCUACUUCACGGAGACAAGGUUUAUAUUGGAGGAGCUGAAUAUCCCAGAGUCAUUCCAUAUCUUCAGAGAUGAAAUCAAUUUGCACCAGUUGAAUGCUGAAGGGAAAUUGUCUUUAACACUUGUAAACAGCAACACACUGACAAG